GGGAUAAUCUGAUAAUAGAUCUAAAAGAAAUAAAAGAAUAUACAGGAAGACAAAGUGAAACAGACAGAUGGAUAAGAAUAAUAGAACAAAUAUUUGAAGCAUAUUCUCAAUUACCAAAAGGAAACAAACCAAAUACAAAAGCAGAUGGAACACCAUUAGAUGGAAAUCAACUACAAGAUGAAGACGUGCCAGGAAUAUCAUGGACAACUAUAAGAUUAGCAAAUUGA